AUGUCCCGAGCCAUAGACCCAAAAACAGCCACAAACCUCAACUCCGUCAACCUACAACAAGUAUACGAAGAACUAACGCAAACCCUCACCCUCCCCUCCUCCCCAUCCACCACCCUCCUCGAAAUCGAAAUCCUCAAAGAGUUCCACUUCCCCCCCGGCCAAACCAUCCUCAAAGACAACAACUUCAUCGCAAUCUCCAAACUCGCCCUAGUCCAAUCCUUCCUCUUCGCCCGACCCCGUCUCAGAGCCUACCAAACCGACCCCUCCCUCUUCAGCUCAGACGACAUAUCCUCCGCCACAUUCACCAUCCUCCUCUUCGACCCCGAGCACCUCACAGCAGCCAACACCAGAAAACGACUUCUCCAGUCAGAAUUGCAAAGGCAAAACUCUGACCAUAGAACGGUGUUGGAACAAGAAAAGAGGACGGUAGACAGUCUCCUCACAAGCAGACUACACCGACACACCAAAUCCCCCGUGUUAUGGAGUCAUCGGCGGUGGCUCAUCACCCAGUACGCAAAGUAUGGUCUGUCAGUUGAAGUCACGGGUGAUAUCGAGAGGAUUGUCUGCGUGGCUGGGGAGAGACAUCCCCGGAACUACUACGCUUGGUGUCACGCCAGGUUUUUGGUCAACAUCAGCAACAACAACUUCAACCGUGGGAAGCUGUUGGAAAUAGUCCAGACUUGGUGCGUUCAGAAUCACACCGACAUAUCAGGGUGGUCAUUCCUGUCUUUUCUCCUCGGCCGUGACAAGGACGCACCGGAGGUGAUAGCCAAGGUGUUGGAUCUGGUCGAAUCUCUCCGGUUGUCAAACGAGUCUGUCUGGGUGUUUUUGCCGACUUUGGCAGCGGCGGGUGUCAUGACGGAGGAGGCUUAUUCCAGGUUUUUGAAGAUUCAAAAGGAGCUGCUGGAGAUGGAGACGACGGCGGUGGCAGACAAGGCGGUGUUGAGGAGGGCGGUGGAGUGGUGUGAGACAUAUCGGAGUCCAUCAGCAGACAGACUGAAGGCAUAUCGACUUCUUCAGCCUGACACGAACCAGGAGUUCAACCGUUGUCAAAAGAGAGGUGAAUGAAACUGAAAGCUUCAAUGUACCAUUCCCCUCUUACCUAGCGACGAGCUUGGGCGUUUUCGUGGGGUAAUCACACACCAUGCCCAUGAGGUCAUGAUGGGUAUUUGUUAGAAAUUACCAUUCUCCACCGAGGAAGGGGGCUCUGCUGAUCUAGGUAGGGGACCUUCACCUACGCAGACUCGUGCCAAGCGCGAUGGUCAAACAUGAAACUGUUUGUUGUUGUCAAAAGCCAUGAUGCCAAACAGCCAAAAGUAAGACAUUGAUAGCCGCCUUGUUGUUCAGCUGGCCGGAUGGGAGAGGACAAGCUGAGGCUCUGGAUCAGUCUGUUGUGGUGGUGAUGCUUCACACAGGCACAGAAGAGUGUGGCCGAUUGGCUCGUUCGAGGCUGGCUGCUUGGUGGAUAUCUUGGCCGACGCCACGCAGGGAUCCAGGUUCAGGACGUUAUCUGGGGCGCACAGGCCGGCGGCUCCCUUGUCAGAUUCGUUUCCCACGGCUGCCACCCUCCCAAUAUUGC